AAAAAAAAAAACAAAAAGAUCGAAAAUGCAAAGAAGCAACAACUUGCACACACUCGCUCCUCCCUAGCUCUCUAUAUAAGCACCAGCACCCGUCAUAGAACUCGAUCAAUAUUCGUGCAAGCAAAAAAAAAAACCACACACACACGCACACAAUUGCUACUACAAACACAAACACGCCGUGCCCUACAUAUAUAUUAUAGUAGUUAUAGAGCACAGUAUAUAUAUAUAAGUAAAAUGGGGUUCACGGUGACGCGGAGGGCGCAGAGCCUGGUGGGGCCGAGCGGGGCCACCCCGUCGGAGACGCUGCGGCUCUCCAUCAUCGACCGCGUGGCGGGGCUGCGCCACCUGGUGCGGUCGCUCCACGUGUUCGCGCGCAGCCGCGACCGCACCGCGACAGCGACCGAGAGCGAGAGCGAGAGCGAGCCCGCGCGCGCCAUCCGGGGCGCGCUCGGCGAGGCGCUGGUGCGGUACUACCCGUUCGCGGGGAGGUUCGUAGAGGGCGCGGACGGGGAGGUGCGCGUAGAGUGCAACGGCGAGGGCGUCUUCUUCACGGAGGCCGCAGGGAACUGUAGCCUGGAGGAGGUGCGGUACCUGGACCACCCCAUGGCCAUCCAUCAGGACCAGCUCCUCCCCGACCCCACCCCGGAAAUCGACCCCAUUAACCUACCCCUUAUGCUUCAGGUGACGGAGUUCACGUGCGGCGGGUUUGUUGUGGGCCUGGUCUCCGUGCACACGAUCGCGGACGGGCUCGGAGCGGGGCAGCUCGUCAACGCCAUCGGCGAGCUGGCCCGCGGGCUGGCUCGGCCCACCGUGGAGCCAAUCUGGGCCCGCGAGCUGAUCCCGAGCCCACCCAAGCUCCCUCCCGGUCCUCCGCCCGUGUUCCCCACCUUCAAGCUCCAGUACUACACCACGGACCUCUCCCCGGCCCACGUGAACAAAGUCAAGGCCCAAUACUUUGAGUCCGUGGGCCAGCGGUGCUCGACGUUCGACGUGGCCAUCGCCAAGGCGUGGCAGGCCCGCACCCGGGCCAUCCAGCUCGGCCCGGAUGAGCAAGUCCGCGUGUGCUUCUUCGCCAACACCCGGCACCUGCUGCCCAAAGACAGAGAGCCCGCCGGGUUCGGGUUCGGGUUCGGGUUCGGGUUCGGGUUCUACGGCAACUGCUUCUACCCGGUGACGGUGACGGCGACGAGCAGGCGGGUGGCGAUGGGGGAGCUCAUUGAGGUGGUGAGGAUAAUCCGCGAGGCGAAGGCGAGGCUGCCGGGCCAAUUUGCGAAGUGGGCCGUGGGGGACUUCGAGGAGGACCCGUACGAGCUGAGUUUCACGUACGACUCCUUGUUCGUGUCGGAUUGGACCAGGUUGGGGUUCCUCGAGGUGGAUUACGGGUGGGGCCCGCCGGUGCACGUCAUGCCCUUCGCCUACUACCAAUUCAUGGCCGUGGCGAUUAUCGGGGCCCCGCCGGCGCCCCAGAAGGGCACCCGGCUGAUGACCCAGUGCGUCGAGAAGGACCACCUGCAGGCGUUCCAGGACGAGCUCAAGACCUUCUCGUCAGACGCCUCAGCUUAAACGUACUCGUCCUCCUUUCCACUUGGCGGCUUCAACUGCAUGCCGUUGAUCUAUCUAUCUAUCUAUAUAUAUAUAUAUAUAUAUAUAUAUAUCUCUGUAUGUGUUCGUGGUCAGUGUGCAGUUUUAGUAGUUUUAAUGGGGGUGGUGAUCUAUUAUUAUUUUGCUCAGCAAUUCGUCCGUCUAAGUCAAUCUACAUAUGUGUGUGGUUUUUUUAAGCAGUGCUUAUAUCGGUGAUUGAUUUGUGUAUUAAUUAAAAUUACUUGUUGGAUUAUGAAAUUUGGUUGUUUUGCAA